ACGUACGCUGGAGAAUUAUUGUUUUUCAGCGGUCUAUGACCAGCAGGAAUGUAUAUUCAGUUUGCCAGCUAACUAACCUUUAUUCCUGUUUCAUGUAGUAUAAACCAGGCAAAAUAUUGAGGGAAUGCGGAUUCUUUUUGCGCGAAUGAUUUUUUUGGGGAAAUGUUAUUGGUUUAUGGGCGUGCGGCGCCCUGUCUCCCCAGCCAAAGUGUCGCCGCGACGGCGGCACUGCCUUAGCACGUUAGCCUGUUAGCACGCCUGGCGUCCUCCGACGGUGGCCGGCUGGCUGCUGUCUGUCUGUCGCACGGCCUUGGCACCGAUCGCUAGCCCUGCUUGUUGUUUAUACCGCGUCUCACUCGACCGUGGCUUCAUUUUGACGCCUCGAUAUCGGCGACACGGAUUAAUGUGGGGAAAAAGUGAUCGGAGUUAAACUGUUAUGUUACUGUCUCUGUGUUUACGUUUAAUCAGCGGUGGCCCGGUGUUUCGAUAUCUGAAUACCGACAUGAAGAAAACGUUAACAUGCUAGAUUUCGUAGUACUUAAUCCAGUACAUCGCAUAUUAUUUGAGUCAUUUUGAUUGAAAAGGCCACAAAUUAGCUACCUGGCUUGCACCUAAUUGCAAUAUAACACGCCGUCUAUUCUGUGGUCUGUCGAGAUUAAAUAAUUUAGCAGCUCAGGGGCAGGUCUGAUCUGAGCCACAGUUCAGAAGGAGCUGCCCCUACCCUUUCUGCUCCUCUUCCUCCUUCGCCACUCGCUCACCCCAGUUCCCCUGGUCUGGGCAGCCAUGACAACAGGGGAGUGCUGCCACCUCCCAGGCUCUCUGUGUGACUGCACGGGUAACGUGGCCCUGUCCAAGACCGUGGAGGAGUCCGACGUCCGGCGGGCACACUGCAUCACCCAGGUCACAGCCAAGGAUGGCCGGCUUCUGUCCACCGUCAUCAAAUCGCUGGGUACUCAGAGCGAUGGCCCCAUCUGUCGGAUCUGUCACGAGGGGGCCAGCGCCGAGGGCUUGCUCUCGCCUUGCGACUGCACUGGCACGCUGGGCACAGUGCACAAGAGCUGCCUGGAGAGGUGGCUGUCCUCCUCAAACACUAGUUACUGCGAGCUCUGUCACACGGAGUUCAGUGUCGAACGCCGGCCCCGGGCCCUCACCGAGUGGCUGCGGGACCCGGGGCCCCGUAAUGAGAAGCGAACCCUCUUCUGCGACAUGGUGUGCUUUCUGUUCAUCACCCCGCUGGCGGCCAUCUCGGGCUGGCUCUGUCUGAAGGGUGCCCAGGAUCACCUGCACUUUGACAGCCGCCUCGAGGCUGUGGGCCUCAUCGCCCUCACUAUUGCCCUCUUCACCAUCUACGUUCUCUGGACACUGGUGUCCUUCCGCUACCACUGUCAGCUGUACUCGGAGUGGAGACGGACGAACCAGAAAGUACGCCUGCUCAUCCCCGACAUCAGGAGGGCUCACUCCACCCCACAAUCCCUGCUGUCCUCCACGCUGCUGAAGAAGACGGCGGACGAGACUGUCGUCUGAGCCAGGGGAAGGGACGGAUGAGGGAGGGGGAGUGCGUUUGUGGGCCGGUGGGAGGGGCCAGAUUCUCCCCCAAGCCGCCAGAACAAAGGAGGCCACAGGCAUGUUUUCUUCCCCGUCGAAGGGUUCAUCUUCCGUCCUGUAUAAGCCCAGGCAUGACUGAGGUGAUGUGUGUAUCACCCUGAAGACAGACCCCCAAUUGAGACUCCAAGGGAGUGACCCUGCUUUGCAGAUGCUGUGGAGGCAGUUGUGUGGACGUUGACAAGCUCCAGAGUGUGUGUAGUGAGGCCAAGUGAGACUGGGGGGGGGAUCUCUGCAGGGACAGGCACAGGCACGUUAAGGCCCCAACACUACGUAAUGGCUCAUGUAUUUUGGUUUCAAACCGUGUGUUUCUGUAACUCUUCAGGAUUUUGCUAACCACCACCCCCCCCAAGCUUCAGAUAAGGAAUGUUGGAAGGUGCAUUUUCCAGCAGUUUAACCAAGCAGAAAUGUGAACGUAUCCCUUUUGCGCCUCUGGAUGUGGCUUUUGCAGAAAAUGUUUUUUUUUUUUUGUUUUUUUCCCUUUUCCCACCCCUUAAGUGUUGUUUACUUUUCCCCAUGGGAGAGCAGAGUCAACGGCCAGAUAACCAGAGAAAUGUGCAAUAAAAAUGCUGAGAAUGCUUAACUGCAUGUGGCACAUGGACACAUUUUAUUUUGCUUUUGUUUGUGUUUCGUUUUGUUUUUAUUUACUUGUUUGCUGACAUAGUCAAAAAUAAGCACUUAUAGUAAAAUCAGCAGACUCGCAGCUGAAUCUGCGAGCACGCUCAGUCAUGCCCGUUGAGUGCCAGGGAGGCCGAUGUGAUUCGCCAAAGAUGUUUUUAUGAGCCCCUCCAACCCCCCCCCCCCCGCCCUCACCCCCACUUAUCCAGGUGUAAUUUUCAGAUGUUGAAAAUAGAGCCGGAAACUCAUUAUUCGACCCCACACAUGGGCAAGCAGGCAAGCCGGAUGACAGUGAACAGCUCUUCUUAGUGCUCUCUGCGACCACUCAUGAAUAUCAAAUCAGCUCAUGAAUCAGGCAAGACCCGACUUCUCUGUCACCGAGGGGUGAAAGGUCAUGACUGCCCCUCGUAGGUUAAAUGCAAGGGUUGGGUUUUGGUUGGUAGAAUAGGCUAAUUUCUCCUGAAGUUUCUCUGAUCCAAGUAUGCUGUGUGUGUUUGUGAUUGUGGUGAUUCACAGGAUCUUCAUUACGUCAGUUUGCCCUUGUUCCUGCGUCGCCAGAGCAGCAUAACUUGCAUUUUGCUAAUUCUUUGCAGCAUAAUUUGUUCGAUCACUGCAAGGAGUGCAGUGGGGAAUAUGCAAAAGCACCAGUGCAUGCUGAACACCAGGGCUGUUCACAGCUCCUUGCAGUGACUGAAUGUGCUCAGGCUUUUCUGUGUGUGUCUUAUGUGAGCAUUGGAUUCGAGAAGCUCAUUGUUAAUUUUCCGUCGUUUGGGUUUACAUCUGUAUGUCACAGCCUUGUUUUGGUCCCCAGACUGCAUGCUCCAUGUGGGAUUUAUGUUUUCCUUUACACAUUGUGGCGUGCUUAUGUAAUUUUGCCGAAGAUAAACUGAAUGUUUACUAGCUUUUCCUGUUUCACUGAAUCACCCCUAUUUUUUUUUCCUGAUUAGACCAUGAACUUGAAACAUGAAGACAACAGCUGCUGCAUGUCUACACUUUAUGUAAAUUUGGAGAUGGAUUUACAUACUUUUCCCUAUAUUUCUGAUGUACAUUUGCUUGCUCAGCAACAUGGCAAAUAUGAUUUUAACUCUCAGUUUUGACCAAGUAUGUCCAGAUAAGGACAUUGCCUUGAGGGCAUCAUCCACAAAGUUUUUGUGGGACAGGGUUCGAGAGUACUGUCAUGCAUCAUCUCCGGAAAUCUUGCAGGAAUUAAAUGUAGUGUGUGUGUGCGUGUGUGCGUGCGUGCGUGCGUGCGUGCGUGUUCAUCACAUUGGCCUCUCACUUGCAGUGAAUGUGUGCCGUGAUUCUCUGUUCUGUGCCAGUGGCCCCGUCUCUCAGGUCUCUGGCUGGACCCAGGCCCAAUGUGACAGCACACUUGUUUAAAUAAGGACCUUGAAAAUUUGCAGUAAAUAAAAUUUACAGCUGUGUUUCCCCUGCUUAAGCUGCUUAAUUGCCUGGAACUGAUCCCCCACCAAAUAUUUUGUAUGUGUAAUAUGUAUAUCUAAGUCACUUACUGAUGCCCUAAUACUGUGUGAAAAUGAAUGAUUUUGCAAAUCGUAGGACCCGUUGUGAUUGGCAGAUAGCCACACCUCGUGUAAACCUCGAGCUGGAAGACGGCGGCAGGGGCUUUCGCGGAUGCUCUUGCCUGUCUUCUGUGUUGUCACGGUCCAGCCUGGCCUCCCUAUAACACAAUGGAUGAAUCUCAUUGACUUGUAACGUGAGGCUGCGGGGCCUGUUCUGUGGGCUGGGGAGAGACUGCGGGGAGGGGGGGGGGAUGUGGCCUGUGUGCCAGAUUCUGCUUGAUGGGGGUAUAUCAGACUCACACACCCUCUCUGGACUACAAGGUUUGACAAUUUUUGGCUGCUUAUUGCAGUUUAGGACAUAGUAGCGCAAAGGAAUGACAUUUUAACAAAACAAGACAAUGUUAUCAUUAGUGAUGGAGAAAAUGAUGCUUCAUGAACCAUUUGCUGUAUUUUUUGACCCCAUAAGAUGGUGCUGUUCAAAAAAAGUCCAUUAAUCAUGCCCCAUAGCAAACCAAGAGCACCAUCUAGUGGGGUCUAAAAAUAAAGCAAAUGGUUCAUGGCGUUUUGUCCAUCACUAGUUGUUAUUUUAUAAUAUAUAUAUAAAAUAUGUUUAAAAAUAAGCUACAAUAAUGCCUUCUUCAGGACCAUGGGAAUAGUCUCUGUAUUAGGGGUCUGGAGUGUGAUCUAAUGGCAUUUUCGACCUGCUUAUCAUUUCCCUCUCUUCACACCCUAUAUGCUUUACAGAGGCAAAAAGCUCUCUUCAGUAUUAGACUCUGUAACUACCCCCAGCAAGACAUUUUCCCCAAGGAGUCAUGCAUAUCUUAUUUCCUUUUUAUUUCUUUUUUUAAUAUCUUGUCUUUUAUAAGUUGUUUAAUUUUGUAAUGCAAUGAAUUUUAAACCCAUAAGAGUAAUAUUUUGUAUUAUACCAACAUGAUAUAAAUACAUAUGUAUUCCAGAUAUGUAUACAGUAAUGUAUAGAGGUUUUUUAAACCCUGUUCAUUUUUCUGCAUAUUUGUUAAAUGAUUUUUAAUUUUGUUAAAUGUUAUUUUUAAUCAUGAAGUGGACAUGCCGUGAACCAGAUUCCUGUUGCUCUGAAUGUUUUCAGUGGAAAUAUUAUGACAAUGUACUGUGUCUGUGUUCUGCAGUGGAGCACACUGUCUGUACUGUCCUACUCAACAGGUGGGUGCUUGGAAGCCAGCCAAGAAAAAAACGGAAGGUAGAGAACAUUAAAACGAUUAAACUGAAGCUGUACUAAAUGGAA